GUUGACCCAAAUCACAACGUGAAUGCAACAACGGCAACCCCCCUUUUGCGUGUAGGUGAUCAUAAGAGGAGACCUAGCCAGGUAGUCCGCAUGGCCGGUAGUUGUCAUUUCACCUAUCAAAAAUAGUGGCACGAUGGGCUCUGAACAUGCAUCCAGCAUGUAAUACACACGUGUGAUGCAUAAAUAGAUUAUGUAACGCCGGCUAGAGGCGCUUCGUCUGCUGGUUUCGCUGGUCAUGGCGGAGGUUGUUGCUGGCCGCGGACAUGGGCCGUCGCGUGCCACGGCACCGAGGCUUCUUGGUGCCCAAGCCCGGGAUGGUGCCCCUACUCUGGCCCCAGCGCAACCUGCAGUUACAGCAUCAGCUGGAGCUCCUGCGACAGAAACCCCGUCGAUACGGCCUAGCAUACUGUGCAGCAGGGAAGGCGGCUCCAGCAGCUCCGGGUAUGCCACAUCUGCUGAUGCCCAGACAUCUGCUCAAGCUGCGGAUCGCCCCAAAGCGCCCGCAGUCAGUAGCCACCAGCAGCCAUCCAGGUUACUGCUUGGAGUUGGCUUGCCGCAAGGAUCCUCGCAAGACCGCGUUCCUACGCAGGCGCUGCCACCGCUGUCACCUGGUGGCCAGUCGGUGCCAGCGGCAACUGUGCAGAGGACACUCAGCAGCGCCGGCGGUCGCGGCCUGGUCUCCAGCGCUGCUGCCGGCGGCGGUGCUGCGGGCAGGCCGCCCCGUGCCAAGCCCUUAGCCGUCUGUGGCGGAGGCGGCGCAGCUGCUGGCGGCGACACCAGGGCGGGACUGUCCCUAUCGGCUACGGGGACGUCGACAUCAGAUCGGCGGCGGUCGCAGCUGGGGGUUACUCCUUCACUUGACCGUGCAAGGAUGGGAACAGUGGCUGGUAGCAGCGGUCGUGGUAGCAGCAGCGGCGGCGUCAGUGGCGGUAGCUCGGGUGGUGGCAUCAGCGGUUCCGGAGGGGGUAUGGGCGGCCGCACCGGCAGCGGCUCCUCGUCCUCCUCCUCUGGUGCUGCUGGCGGUAUCCGCGGAUCUGGCGUAGCAGCGGGUGUACGGCAGAAGUCCCGCCGUACUGGACCGGUGGCAGGCCCCAACAGCGCUGCCGCACGUGCCGCUGAGGCACGUGCCGCCGCUGCGGCAGCCGAAGCCGCCUUAGACGCUGCUGCUGGCACCGCCGCCAGCAUCGCACCCGCUGCUGCGGAUGCCGCUACUGCUGCUGCUUCUGCUGCCGCAGCCGGCCCCUCGGCCCCUAGGGGCAACGAGGAAAACAGCCCCGCCCCGCAGACGCCUGCUGCGACUAGCUCUGGUGGAAGCGGAGGAAUCGCCGGCGGCUCACUUAAUGCCAGACGUAGCGGCGGCGGCGUCUCGGCGUCUUCCACAUUGCAUUCAGGAGGAGUAGCAGCCGAUGAUGGAGUAGCAGGCCAUGCAGCGCCUGCCGCGCUGCAGAGGCGGCCGUCACGGCUGCUGUCGUCCUACACGUCAUUGUCUAGUAGCAACGGCGGCGGUGGUGCUUUGAUUCCCACACUCCCAAUCUCCACCACCUUUCCGGCCAUGAGCAGCACGACCCCACUCCACCGCUCACCUGCUCUUGCGACGCCGGCGUCUCCAUCGCAUCGCGGCAGUGCUGCUGGUGGCGGUGCCGCCGCUGCUGCUGCUGCUGACGGCGCCGGCACCGCUGUGGCAGAGCUCCGCCCGUCCGCGUCCCGUGGUGCAGCUGCAGCAGCUGCGGCCUCCUCACCAGCCCAGCCACCAUCUACACGACAGCAGGACACCGGUACCGUGCUCUACUACCGUCAGAUCCCAGACCAACACCCUCAUCAGCAGAUCCAACAAUCGCCGCCGCCGCAGCCGCUGCAGCAGCAGCAGCAGGACCGCCCACCGCCGCACCCGCCGCCAUCGCCGCCACCGCUACAGCGUCAAGUAGGGCCGAUAGCGCUUUCCAUCGGGCCCUUAUCCAUGUUUGGUCCGCUCGCUGCUACCACUGCCGCAGCUCCACUCCUUCAACCCUCCAUGUCAGCCCGGCGACCCUCAAUAUCGACUUCGCCUUCGUUGUCGACGUCUGCGCCGCCGCCACCACCACCGUCAACGUCCUCGGCGUCAGCUUCGGCUGCGCCGCCGACGGCGGCGGCGGCGCCGACGGCAUCCACCCCACUGCGUCGGGCACUGACUCCGCCAAACAUCUCCGCACAGCUGCCGUCAGCAUCAGCGUCGGCGACAGCGCCGUCGGGAGCUGUACGACAAGCUUCGACAGCUGAACCAGCUACAUCUGCACGCGGGGAAGCUGUUGGAUUGCCGCGUGCAGCUUCGUCGUCAACGAUGGCGUCGAUCCCAAUGCGGCCCUCUUCGCAACGCUCCUCCGAUUCAGCCGCCUCUGCGACGGCGAUUGCGCGUACGGCGCUGGGGGGGCCGGCGGCAGCGACAGCGGCGGUAUCAUCGCUACACGUUGCCGCCGCCACUGGCUCCUCGACAGCCGCGGCAGGGCGUGGUGGUGGUGUUGCCGCUGCCGCUAUCACACACGGCAGCGGUACGGCACAUGGCAGUAGCAGCAGCAGCGCUACCACCUCUUCCGCUGCUGCCAGGACGAGCAACACACGGGCGGCGGGUGUGGGCGCGAGUGCGCCUUCUCGCGGCGCGGUCGCUGGGAGUAGAAGAGCGGCGUUGGCACCCAAUGGAUCUGCCGCCGCCAGUGGCGCCAAUGGCGGUGGCGGUGGUGCCGGGCGACGUGCGAGCGGGAGUACGAACGGAGGCGGCGGCAUGCGGGCUGGCGGCCGCAGCGGCAGCGGCAGUAGAGGUGGCAGCAGUAGCGGCGGGGUUUCGCGGGAGGGCAGAAGCGGCAUGCGGCGGGCUUCAGGCGCGUCGUCGUCAGAAGCGGCGGUUGACGGCGCCGCCGCCGCCACCCUAUCGGUUCCCUUCCUUAGGAUUGCUGGUGGCGGCAUUGGCGGCGGCGGUGCUGCCGACGCCAUGUACGACAACAUGAUGUACGGCAACGAGUACGGUCGCGAUAAUGGGGAUGUGAAUGACAGCGACGAUGAGGUGGACGUCGAUGGGUUUGAUAGCUUGUUUGUGUCGUACAGAGAACAGCGGGAAAGACAGCGGCAGCAGCAUCUGCAGCAGCCGCCACGCCAACUACUUCAACCGCGAUCGCAACAGGUGCAUUUAGAUCCGCACAACGGUCUUGGUUUGUACGGCAACCGGCAGUUGGUCGGCAACUAUAACCACAACGACCAAGACGCUGCAACAUCCUCGGGUGCUUCGGCAACCGCCGCCUCCCUACAUGCACAUGCCCACAUGCCUCGACGGCAGCCCCACCCGCCGACAACGUCAAGCCCCCUGACCGCCGUACACGACCUCCGUCGCCGGCGCCGUCAACACGCCGCCGACAGCGACAGCGAUGAAGACGACGACGGCGGCGGCGCCGACGGCGUUGAGAGUCGACGCCGCGCCGGCGUUGGACUUUGGCUUGACGACGCGCGCCGACGCGCCGCCGAGCGCGACGACGACGGCGUCCUCGGCGGCGGCGCAUUCAUGUUCAGCGGCGAUCGCGGUGGCGGCGGCGGCGGCUUUCGGGAUCGUUUUGUAUUAGACAUGAUCCGGCGGCGAGACAUGGAGCGAGCGGCGUUGCUGCAGUUGCUGAUGGCGGGAGGGGAGGAGGAGCUGCUGCGGCAGGCGGAGGAGGAGCAGCUGGCACUAGCCCUUACGCUGUCUCUCCAGGAGGCGGGAGCCGCCGGCAGCAGCAGCAGCGGUAGCGGCGGCCUGAGCGCUGAGCCGAGAGUCAGCAUUGCCGACGUGGCGCCGCGUCGUGCCAUCGCGGCCCUGCAGAUGGCCCGUGGGUCACUCCUGGAAAUAGCGGCUGCGGCUGCGGCAGCCGCAGCUGAGGCUGCUGCUGCCGCGGAUGCUGACUUCCCGAGCUAUGAGGAGCUGUUGACACUGGAGGAUGUAAAGGUCACCACGCCGCAGGAAGUGCUGGACGCCCUGCCGUACAUCACGUACGAGGGCGACCGCGGAGCGUCAGACGGCACCUGCGCCAUCUGCCAGUGCGACUACCAGCGCGGCGAGCGGCUGGUCCGGCUGCCCUGCGGCCACAUGCUGCAUGCGGAGUGCGGCGGGCAGUGGCUGGGAGGCUACUCCAAGAAGUGCCCCAUCUGCAAGCAGGCGGUGUGCUGAGGAGGCAGGGAGGAGGCAGGCAUGAAGGCGCGGUGGGCUGGUGGGCAAGGGUGGAACGCAAGCCGGCAUGCGGGGCCUGUCUGCACGCCUACAUACGGAGUGCGGCAGAGGUUGGGGAACUGUUUCCUGACGUGCGUUGGUGUGUACAGAGCUACGGACUAGCGUUAGGCUGUCUGCAAUUCGAGGAUAGCUUACGCCGUAGGUUAGGGCUAUUUGUUUGAACCCUCUUGGGGGAUACUGCUGUGUAAGCAGCGACCAAAGUGUGUGGCUCUUCAGGUGCUACUGGCAUGCAUGUGUUAUUCAUUCAUUCGCUGGCGUGCGCUGCAUCCUGCAUGGGAGAGGUGGGUGAGAGACCCAUUUAGCGUCGUGAGGUGAAGCACAGGGGUUUACGAGGAUAAGCAAAGGAUGACUACAGGCCCCACUACCAACCGCCGGUGUGCAAGGAGUGCACGUGGGCAGGGGAUGGCGGCUAACGUAUGAGCAGCUGUGCGGGUGUCUUCACUUGUUUGCUGGGUGUUGCUUGCUGGGAAGCGAAGCGGUGGUGGAAGGUGGAGAAGUGGUCCUUGUCUUCCUACGCCUGGUGGCGCGCGAGGCGGCUUGAUGCAGCAGGGCCGUCGAGCUUUGCAACCCUUCCUUACCUAAUCGAGGGUUAUGAAGGCGCGUGACGCUUGUUGCAUGGCGUGCUUAGUGCAUUCUUCCCAUAAAACUCAUGCUAACGCAGCACAUGCAGCCCGUGAAGGCUUGGACACGGAGGGCCGCUCAGAACGCGAAAGCGGGCGCAAGAAAGAUCAGUCCUUCUUCCUCCUUGAGGCAUCUGUACAGGACGGCUUCGAACUUGGCUAGUUAUGGAGGAAAGCGCCUGGCUUGGGUGUUUACCGCUGCUCUGGCUCCAUGCACGAUUGGUUGGCCCAGGCAGGGUGAGUGGCGCAGCACACGGUCAUCCAUGCGUGCUCGGCACGCUUCUUUAUAUACCCUGUGCUUUACCCCGGUUACUCUUCCACUUGCGCCUCGACAACGCGCCCAACGUUUCGAGUGUAGGAAUAUUGAGGCUGUCUAAGAACCGUAAAUGUGUGUUGGAUGGCAUGUAGGCAUGCGGCGUGCUAAGCACUGAAAGGCAAGGACGCGCUCUUCAUGGCUUGGGCGCGGCACGCGGCAUGCAGCACACGAUAUGCAAGUCAGAAGGGUAGAAGUCCUGAGGCUCGGUCGCGUUGCCAACCCCAAGGUGCCAAGGCUUCCUAGGACUGUAAGCCGUUAGCACCUCAGCAGGAGGGGGAGUUGAAGAAGGGCAAGCGCUGCAGCUUUUCUUAAGCGUGCCAAGACUGCCAUCUUCUCUUGCGUCCUAGGCGUCGCCGUGUC